GGACCAUAAAAGCGACAACAUCAAUCGCGAGAAAAGUAGACAACCAACUGACUGGCUGCCUUAGCGCAGAUUCCCAAUCGGAGCCUGACGUCACCCCGAGUUUCGUCAACAGAAACCAAAACCGUCUUGACUACAACGGAACUGAACACAAAGAUUCGAGACAUUAGUCUCGCAUCAUAAUUUCACAAUGAAUUCCAAGAUGGAGUUCACCGACCGAGCCAAGAAGGCAUUGGAAGAUGCCAUGGCCCUGGCCGAGCAGUACGCACACUCACAGCUGCUGCCCAUUCACCUGGCCGUCGCUCUCCUAGAUCCGCUUCCCGACCAGAGCAAAGACUUGCAGAAUGCGCCGCCGGGUACCACCAGCUCGCUCUUCCGACAGGUUAUUGAGCGCGCCCACGGUGAUCCACAGCUCUUCGACCGCGCGCUGAAAAAGCAUCUAGUUCGGCUGCCGAGCCAAGAUCCCCCGCCAGAGUCCGUCUCGAUGGCCCCGACAUUCAACAAUGUCCUCCGCAAAGCGAUGGAGCUUCAGAAGGUGCAGAAAGACACCUACAUUGCAGUCGACCACCUGAUCACAGCCUUGUCGGAAGACAUCUCGAUCCAAAACGCCCUAAAGGAGGCCAACAUUCCCAAACCGAAACUGGUGCAAGAUGCUGUAACAGCCAUUCGAGGCACGAAGCGCGUCGACUCGCGAAAUGCGGACACGGAACAGGAAAACGAGAACCUUGCCAAGUUCACCAUCGACAUGACAGCCAUGGCGAGGGAAGGCAAAAUUGAUCCCGUCAUAGGCCGUGAGGAGGAGAUUAGGCGUGUCAUCCGCAUCCUCUCCCGUCGUACCAAGAACAACCCUGUCCUCAUUGGUGAACCUGGUGUGGGAAAGACAACUGUGGUCGAAGGCCUGGCCCAGCGCAUCGUCAAUGCUGACGUUCCAGACAACCUGGCAUCCUGCAAGUUGCUCUCCCUGGACGUCGGCGCGCUGGUUGCCGGCAGCAAGUACAGAGGCGAGUUUGAGGAGCGCAUGAAGGGCGUUCUCAAGGAGAUUUCGGAGUCCAAGGAGAUGAUAGUCCUCUUCGUCGACGAGAUCCACCUGCUCAUGGGUGCCGGCUCAUCGGGCGAAGGCGGCAUGGAUGCUGCCAACCUGCUCAAGCCCAUGCUGGCCAGAGGACAGCUCCACUGUAUCGGCGCCACCACCCUAGGCGAGUACCGUAAGUACAUCGAAAAGGACGCCGCCUUCGAGCGCCGUUUCCAGCAAGUUAUCGUCAAGGAGCCGUCCAUCCCCGAGACCAUCUCGAUCCUUCGUGGCCUCAAGGAGAAGUAUGAAGUUCACCACGGUGUCAACAUCGCAGACGGCGCUAUCGUUGCUGCGGCAAACCUCGCGGCCCGGUACCUCACCUCUCGGAGACUCCCCGACUCGGCAGUCGACCUUAUCGAUGAGGCAGCCGCUGCCGUUCGGGUUGCCCGAGAGUCGCAGCCCGAAAUCAUCGACUCGCUCGAGCGCCGGCUGAGGCAGCUGAAGAUCGAGAUCCACGCCCUGUCCCGUGAGAAGGAUGACGCAUCCAAGGCGCGGCUCGCCCAGGCGAAGCAGGACGCUGAGAACGUUGAGGAGGAGUUGCGACCGCUCCGCGAGAAGUACGAACGAGAGCGCCAACGGGGCAAGGAAAUCCAAGAGGCAAAGCUGAAGCUGGAGAACCUUCGUGUGAAGGCGGAGGAUGCCAGCAGAAUGGGCGACCACAGCCGCGCCGCCGACCUUCAAUACUAUGCCAUUCCCGAACAGGAGCAAAUCAUUAAGCGGCUCGAAAAGGAGAAGGCUGCUGCUGACGCGGCAUUGAACGCGAACGGACCCGAUGCCGGCGGUUCUAUGGUCACCGACGUCGUCGGACCCGACCAGAUCAACGAGAUUGUGGCGCGCUGGACCGGCAUCCCCGUGACGCGUCUGAAGACGUCUGAGAAGGAGAAGCUGCUGCACAUGGAGCAGGCUCUCUCCAAGAUUGUGGUCGGUCAACGGGAGGCCGUGCAAUCCGUGUCUAAUGCGAUCCGGCUGCAGCGGUCUGGGCUUAGCAACCCGAACCAACCGCCGAGCUUCCUCUUCUGCGGCCCGUCUGGUACCGGAAAGACGCUGCUCACAAAGGCAUUGGCAGAGUUCCUGUUCGACGACCCGAAGGCCAUGAUCCGCUUCGACAUGUCCGAGUACCAGGAGCGGCACUCGCUCAGCCGCAUGAUCGGUGCUCCGCCCGGCUAUGUCGGCCACGAUGCUGGCGGCCAGCUCACCGAGGCACUCCGUCGCAAGCCGUUCUCAAUUCUUCUGUUUGAUGAGGUCGAGAAGGCUGCCAAGGAGGUCCUGACGGUCCUGCUCCAGCUGAUGGAUGAUGGCCGCAUCACGGAUGGCCAAGGCCGCAUCGUCGACGCCAAGAACUGCAUCGUGGUCAUGACAUCCAAUCUCGGCGCCGAGUAUCUGGCUCGACCCAACGGGAAGGACGGUAAGAUCGACCCGACGACUAAGGAGCUCGUCAUGAACGCGCUGCGCAAUUACUUCCUGCCGGAGUUCCUGAACCGUAUCUCGUCCGUCGUCAUCUUCAACCGCCUGACGAGGCGCGAGAUCCGCAAGAUCGUCGAUCUGCGGAUCUCUGAGAUCCAGAAGCGGCUCUACGACAAUGACCGCAACGUCAUCAUCAGGGUCUCGGAAGCCGCCAAGGACAAGCUUGGUGCCGCCGGCUAUUCGCCCGCCUACGGCGCCAGACCGCUCCAGCGCCUGCUUGAGAAGGAGGUGCUCAACCGCUUGGCCAUUCUCAUUCUGCGGGGCAAUAUCCGUGAGGGCGAGGUGGCAGAAGUUGACGUCGUCGAUGGCAAGGUCACUGUCAUUCCCAACCAUCCUGAGGGUGAUGUUGAAGACGAGGAGAUGUUGGACGAGGACGAGGCGCUUGAGGAGUUUGCCUCAGACUCCAUGGAUGAGGAUAUCUACGGUGAUUGAGGACGUGCAUGAGUUAGCGUAAGCGAAGAGGGAGGCAUGAACAAGCAGACUGCUGCUCGGAUACGAUUGCAUCAUGAUAAUGACUUCUGGCGUUGGGAGCGUGAUUAGCAUGACAUUGGGUCUCUUGUAUGUUUUGUAAUGGAUAUGCGGGUUUAGUUCACCGACUAGUCGCUGGGAUGGGUAGAUGCGGGAUAGAUCUCUCGGGUUGAGAGUAAAUGCAAGCUUAACGUUAUUAUUAACAAUCCAAGUGUCGACGUGAUCAUGCAAGGUAAAAGUGCCACGCCGUUUUGG